AUGACGAAAGAGUUCCAAGACAAGGUCGUCCUGAUCACAGGCGCAGCGAGCGGUAUCGGCCGCGCAACAGCCCUCAAACUCUCCUCCCUCGGCGCCUCCCUCGCCCUCUGCGACCUCAACUUCCCCGCCCUCAGCGCCGUAGCCACCUCCUGCACAACACCAACCCACCUCCGCAAAGUCGACGUAGCCUCCUCAUCCCAAGUCCAAGAAUUCGUCGACAGCACGAUAAAAGGGCUAGGCCGCCUCGACUACGUCUUCAACUGCGCCGGCGUCAACCCCACGAGCCUGAAGCUCGAAGACACGGACGAGGAAUACUGGGAUAAACUCGUCAACACCAAUCUCAAAGGCGUGUUCCUCGUUACAAAAGCGUGCCUGCCGCAUCUGGAACGCGGUUCUGCUAUUGUCAAUGUAAGCAGCAUAUCAGGGAUUCGUGGUUCGGCGCUCCAGUCUGUGUACUGCACCACGAAGUUUGGGCUUAUUGGCAUGACGAAGUCGCAUGCGCUGGAGUUUGGGCCGAGGGGCAUUAGGGUGAAUUGCGUUGCACCGGGGUAUAUUGAUACGCCGUCGAAUGCGGGGAUUGUGAAGGGUGGGGAGGCGGUGGAGAGGAUGAGGAAUGGGAAUGCGCUUGAGAGGCUGGGUGAGCCGGAGGAGGUGGCGGAUGUGGUGGCGUUCUUGUUUGGAGAGGGCGCGAGGUAUGUUAAUGGGGCUGUGCUGGAGAUUGAUGGGGGGAUUAAGAUGAGUAGUACUACGAGUAAGUGA